GUUUUUUUUUUAAAUUUUGAUGAUUAGAGCGUACAGCUCAUGAAAGUCCAAAAUCCAGUAUUUCAAAAUAUUAGAAUAUUUCCUAAGAUCAAUCAAAAAAUGGAUUUGCAAAACAGAAAAGUUCAAGUUCUUUAAAGUAUGUUCUUUUGUGCACUCAAUACUUGAUCGGCAGGACAUAUUACAGCAAAUGACUUGCUCCUAGCACAAAUUACAGCAUCAGUGAAGUGUGGCAUGGAAGUGAUCAGCCUGUGGCACUGCUAAGGCACUAUUGAGCCUUCAGAUCAUCUGUAUAUUGUUGGAUCGACUGUUUCUCAUCUUUCUCUUGAAAAUAUCCCAUAGAUUCAGGUCAGGCAUAUUGGCUGGCCAAUAAAGCACAGUAAUAUCAUGCUCAGCAAACCACUUGGAAGUGGUUUUUGCACUGUGGGCAGGUGCUAAAGUCCUGCUGGAAAAGGAAAUUAGCAUCUCCAUAAAGCUUGUCAGCAGAUGGAAGCAUAAAGUGCUCCAAAAUCUCCUGGAAGAUGGCUGCAUUGACUUUGCACUUGAUAAAACACAAUGGACCAACACCAGCAGACGUCACGGCCCCCCCAAAUCAUUAUUGACUUCAGAAACUUCACACUAGACUUCAAGCAGCUUGGAUUCUGUGCCUCUCCAGUCUUCCUUCAGACUCUGGGACCAUGAUUUCAACAUGAAAUGCAAAAUUUACUUUUAUCUGAAAAGAGGACUUUCGACCACUGUUCACUGUCCAGUUCUUUUUCUCCUUAGCCCAGGUAAGAUGCUUCUGACGUUGUCUCUGGUUCAGAAGUGGCUUGGUAGUCCUUUUCCUGAAGAUGUCUGAGUGUGGUGACUCUUGAUGCGCUGACUCCGGCUUCAUUCUACCCAUUGUGAAGCUCUCCCAAGUGUUUGAAUCGGCUUUACUUGACAGUAUUCUCAAGUUUGCGGUCAUCCCUGUUGCUUGUGCACCUUUGCCUACCCAAUUUCUUCCUUCCAGUCAACUUUGCAUUUAAUAUGCUUUGAUAUUUCACUCUGUAAACAGCCACCCCAUUCAGUAAUGACCUUCUGUGACUUACUCUCUUUGUGGAGGGUGUCAAUGAUUGUCUCCUGGACCAUUGCCAAGUCAGCAGUCUUCCCCAUUAGUGUGGUUUCAAAGAACAAAAGAUACCCGGAAUUUAUACUGUAGGGAUGGUCAUUUAAUGAAACUCAAAUGUAAAUAUUCUAAUAUUUUGAGAUACUGGAUUUUGGACUUUCAUUAGCUGUACGCUUUAAUCAACAAAUUUAAAAAAAAAAAACCUUUUGAAAUGUUUUACUUUACAUGUAGGGAAUCUAGAAUAUAUGAAAGUUUCAUUUUUUAAAAUAAUUUACAAUAAAAAAAUGAACUUUUUCACGAUAUUCUAAUUAUAUGACCAGCACCUGUAUAUGGCAGCAAGUGAACAUUUUGUCCUGAAAGUUGAUGUGUUAGAAGCAGGAAAAAUGGGCAAGCAUAAGGAUUUGAGCGAGUUUGACAAGGGCCAAAUUGUGAUGGUCUAGUCAACUGGGCCAGGGCAUCUCCAAAACUGCAGCUCUUGUGGGGUGUUCCCGGUCUGCAGUGGUCAGUAUCUAUCAAAAGUGGUCCAAGGAAGGAACAGUGGUGAACCGACGACAGGAUCAUGGGCGGCCAAGGCUCAUUGAUGCACGUGGGGAGCGAAGCAACAGACGAGCUACUGUAGCUCAAAUUGCUCAAGAAGUUAAUGCUGGUUCUGAUAGAAAGGUGUCAGAAUACACAGUGCAUAUCAGUUUGUUGCGUAUGGGGCUGCAUAGCCGCAGACUGGUCAGGGUGACCAUGCUGACCCCGUCCACUGGACCACAGAGCAAUGGAAGAAGGUGGCCUGGUCUGAUGAAUCAUGUUUUCUUUUACAUCACGUGGAUGGCCAGGUGCGUGUGCAUCGCUUACCUGGGGAACACAUGCCACCAGGAUGCACUAUGGGAAGAAGGCAAGCCGGCGGAGGUAGUGUGAUGCUUUGGGCAAUGUUCUGCUGGGAAACCUUGGGUCCUGCCAUCCAUGUGGAAGUUACUUUGACACGACCCACCUACCUAAGCAUUGUUGCAGAUCAUGUACUGUACACCCUUUCAUGGCUGUGGCCUCUUUCAGCAGGAUAAUGCGCCCUGCCACAAAGCAAAAAUGGAUCAGGAAUGGUUUGAGGAGCACAACAACGAGUUUGAGGUGUUGACUUGGCCUCCAAAUUCCCCAGAUCUCAAUCCAAUCGAGCAUCUGUGGGAUCAUGUAUUAAACAAACAAGUCUGUUCCAUGGAGGCCCCACCUCGCAACUUAUAGGACUUAAAGGAUCUGCUGCUAACAUCUUGGUGCCAGAUACCACAGCACACCUUCAGGGGUCUAGUGGAGUCCAUGCCUCGAUGGGUCAGGGCUGUUUUGGCAGCAAAAGGGGGACCAACACAAUAUUAGGAAGGUGGUCAUAAUGUUAUGCCUGAUCGGUGUAUUCAUUUUGGAGUUAAAAUAUUAAUUAUCAAUUUUGAUAUUUUGAGGUUAUUAUUAAACACAAUAUAAUAAAAGUUAUUGUAGACUCAGAACCAUGUGCUCUGCAAAUGCUCAGUGAGUAUUUGUCUGGAAUUUGGGUUACAUUUUAUGAAAUGCAGUCCAUCUAGUUUGUUUAGCAGGCUGUCAUUUCAAACCAUUGUACACAAUCUUUUUUUUGUAUGAUCUUUUCCUUAUUUUUAAUCUUUGUUCUUUGCAGAUUUUGUGUUUUUGGUAUAACAUUAAUCCUUUUAAAAGUGUUUUUAAAGGGAUAGUUCACCCAAAAAUGAAAAGUGUCCCACAAUUUACUCACCCUGAAGCCAUCCUAGGUGUAUAUGAAUUUCUUUUUUCAGCCAAACACAAUUAGAGUUAUAUUAGAAAAUAUCCUGGCUCUUGCAAGCUUUAUAAUGGGUGUGAAUGGUACCUUAGAUUUUGAAGACCAAAAAGCCCGCCCAUCCAUCCAUCCAUCCAAAAUGUAAUCCAUAUGGCUCCAGAGGGUUAAUAAAGGCCUUCUGAAGUGAAGCGAUUGUUUUUGUAAGAAAAAUAUCCAUAUUUAUAACUUUUUAAACUGUAAUCACUGGCUUCCGGACAUAUGUGAGUCUAGUUCCGGCGGAAGAGUGCAUUUUUCUUGUUGGGGGGGGGUUCAACAUCGUUAUGUCUGUCAGCCAUUGACCAGUUUACAAGAUACAAAUACAGGUUUGCUCCCGCACAUACGCCAUUAUGUGACAGGAAGCUCGUGCUCCAGACUGCCAUGAAUGCGCUCAGGAACGUUUGCAGAGGCUGUGGAUUACAGUGUCGGUAGCCAUUGACUUGCAUUAUAUGAAUCACCAAGGACCACGGUUUCAGCUAAAAAUCUUCUUUACAUUUCUACUGAAGAAAAAAGUCACCUACAUCUUGGAUAGCCUGAGGGUUCGCCUGUCCUAUACUCGAGUGAAGUAUCUCUUUCUCACAUGGCUUGCUGUAUUUGUGGGCAGUUGGGUUGUGUAUGUGCAAUACUCUACUUACACUGAGCUGUGCAGAGGACGAGAAUGCAAGAGCAUCAUUUGUGACAAAUACAGCAAAGGUAUCAUUGAUGGAUCUGCCUGUAGCAGCCUGUGUGAAGAAAGCUCACUAUACUUUGGAAGGUGCCUCUCCACCAAGCCAAACAAUCAGGUCUAUACAGGCAGCUGGGGUGACCAGGACGGCAUCAUUAAGUGUCAGCUGAGUGACGUCCUGCACUAUGAGCUGGGAGAGGAGCUGGAGCCAAAGAAAGAGAUCGCACUCUUUGACAAACCCACUCGAGGAACCUCUGUAGAGAAGUUCAAAGAGAUGGUUGCCAGUCAUUUGAAGGCGAAAGUUGGAGAGCAAGCCAGUCUCCCCAGUUUGGUAAGCCUGAUUCUUUCAGUGGCGGACAGCAAUAAAGAUGGCCACAUCUCUCUGCCCGAGGCCAAGUCUGCUUGGGCUCUGCUGCAGCUCAACGAGGUUCUGCUGGCAGUGGUGCUCCAAGGCCGAGAGCACACACCUAGACUGUUGGGCUUCUGUGGGGACCUGUACAUGGUGGAGCGGGUGCCUCACGCUCCGCUGUACGGCCUCAGUCUGCCGUGGCCCAUGGAACUAUGGAUCCCUACGGGCAUGCGGCGAAGCAUGGACCAGUGGUUCACUCCUUCCUGGCCUCGCAAGGCCAAGAUCUUUAUCGGCUUGCUGGAACUUAUAGAAGACAUCUUCCACGGUACCUUUGGGAGCUUCUUAAUGUGUGACAUGAGAGCCAGUUCUUUCGGGUACACCGAUCGUCACGACCUCAGGUUGGUGGACGGGCGGCGCGUAGUUGCCGAGGAGGCCUUCAAACAGGCCAUGAUCCUUCAGCACUGUGAGGACGAUGAGGACUGCGUGUACGGUGUGGACUGUAGGACUUCGUGUGACCGCGCAGAACACAGGUGCAUGCCCGAGGUGGCUCAGCCCAACCUGGCCAGGGCCUGCAGAGCUAUGAAGGAUUACCUCCUACGAGGAGCUCCCUACUAUAUACAGGAAGAGCUGGAAAAGCAGCUGUAUGCCUGCAUGGCUCUCAAAGGUUCAGCCGAGCAGAUGGAAAUGGAGCACUCGCUCAUUCUCAACAACCUCAAGACCCUGCUGUGGAAACAGAUCUCACACACCAAUGACUCCUGAAGGAAAAAGAUGCGCUGGUGACUACAUUCAGAUUCCUGAAUGUCUUCUAAAGCACUUCAGGCCAUUGUGAAUCUGGCUGGAGAUUACUAUGCUGGUAGGAAAGUGCUGGAAAAAAUGCUGAUGGCAAUAUUCAGUGCUGCUUUGAUACUAAAGUUCUCUUUAGAAUGAGGUAGAAUUAAAUCCGUGAGGAGUUUUUGCUCAGGCUCAACUUUAGAGUAACGUUCAUGUCUGUCUCGUGUUCAUGUCGUCACACUUUGUCAUACACGAUUGAUCAGUGAUCAUGUUAAUUUUACACUUCCUUCAGAUGUUAUGAAGGAGCAAAUGACGCUAACUUUGCAUCCAUUGUUGGAUGUUAACAUAGAAAAUUAAGGAAUGUACUCACCACCGACUGUGGUUGUGUCUCGUAUUGUAAUGUUUGUCACAUGAGCACAGCAAAAAGAGCCAUAAAAGAGCCAUUUUGAAAUGGACAUAUUAAUCCAAUGCCUUGAUAUGCAUGUUGCCAGUGAGUGUGUGUGUGCGUGUGUUGUGUUGUUUUUUUUUUUUUUUUUUUUUUUUUUUUUUUUAGUUCGAUGCUUGUGUGUGAAAAUGCCUCAUUCCUUGUACUUGGACAAUUCUUAGAAAUGGCCAGACUGCAUCACACACCUAUGAUCUGAAGGUAACACUUUACAAUAAGGUUCAAUUUAUUAACAUUUAAUAACAUUAGUAGCUAACAUGAACUAAUAAUGAACAAUACUUUUAAAGCAUGUAUUAAUCUAGAUUGUUAUAAAUAUACUUAAUAGGGCUGACAACCUUAACACGUUAACAAUUGUGAUUUUUUUUUUUUCAAUUCAACGCGUUAAAAAUAUUUAAUGCAGCAUCCAUUUUUUUCUAUCAUAAUUUGGCUAGCGUUACAUUAUAUGAUCAUGCUCUUAUUACAAACGCUUUUAAAUCAUUCAAACGUCACAAGACAAACAAGAACGCACUGUCUGUGAAUGUUGUGUCUGACACACAAACGACUCCUGUGCACAGAAAGACACGGCGCCAGUAUUGAGCUAUGAUGUCUGCAUUAAUGUUAAUCAAAGAACAAAGGUAACAAAAAAUUGUAGCUUUAAUAAAUUAAAUAUAGAUUAAUCCUUAUUAUUUAUGCAGUGUAGACUGUAAAGUCUUUGAUAUCUUUAUUCAAUUUCUGUAUAUUUCCGUUAGACAGGUAGGAAGGCCACAGAUAAAUAUGACAUUUAUUAUAAUGGGUUUAUGUGAAAAUUGUUUUAAGUUCGCUUAAAUUAUUUUUUUAAAGCCUAAUAACUGUUGAAAUUGAUAACUUUGUUAUACUGUAAUGUUGAAUGUCUAUAAUUAUUUAAAAAAAAAGACAUCAGUACCAGUAACAGUGAUACUGACCUUCAUAAGAUGCCAUUAAACAAAUAUUUAAAAUAUACUGUCUUUAAGUUGUUUCUACAUUAAUUUGAAGAGUAACUGUGAAAUUAUUACCAUAUUAAAUACUCAAGUUUUUAAUUGUGAUUGUUUGCAGAAAAAAUGUGAUUCAUUUUUUUAAUAGAUUGACAGCACUAAUACACAUUAACAUUUCAAGUUGUAUAAAUUAAUGCAUUACAAACAUAAAUUACCAUUGAACACCAGCUUAACAUUAACCUAGAUUAAUAAAUGUUGUAAAUUUAGUUUGUGAUACAUAAUGCAUUAAAUGAAUUUAAUCUUCUUGUAAAGUGUUACCGAUCCAAAUGUUUACAAGAAUGAUUUUUGUGAUUCUUGCUAAAGGAAGGAAGCCUCUCAUCUAUGAAAGUUCACAGCAUUGAUCAUUAUAUUUCUAAUCAUUUUAGUUGUUGGGUUUACAAUUUAUACUCCUAAGGCAUGUCUAGUGAAAACCAUCUUGAUAUGAUAAAAAUUAGAUUUUAAUCUAAAACAAUAUGAAAUGCCUAUCAGAGUCAUGAUUCUUAAGGUACUAAUGAAUGAGGAGAUAAAAGGGUGCUUCAUGUUUUUUCAUCAACCAUUUUUCAGUGGGAUGUUUCAUAUUGUACAUUGUCAGACUGCUUCAAUUUUGUGCAUUCAUAAAUCUCACUGCUGCUGAUUAAGAGUUAAAUGGAGAUUUUUAUAAGUUUUGAUUGCAUGACUUUGCACAUUAAAAGUGUUUCAAAAAAUC